ACAUGCAGAUCGUCGAGCCCUGGGGCGUUCUACGAGUGAACUUGCUUAUCGAUAACCUUAAAUUUUUGGAUCGCGUCCCGUCCCGCGCAACUCUUGCAGCCAGCCCGAUCGCAAAGCCCACUCCUCAAGCACCCCAGGCACGGAAACAAAUCCACACACAAUGGCAGACGACGCGCAAAGCAGCCCCUUCAUCAAGCACCUUGCCUCGAGCGACAAGCGCACGCGCGACUCCGCCCUCGCCUCGCUCCGCGCAUUCCUCUCGUCCCGCUCCGAAAUCUCAGAGCUCGACCUGCUCAAGCUGUGGAAGGGUUUAUUCUACUGCUUGUGGAUGCAAGACAAGCCCGCGCAGCAACAAGCCCUCUCCCGCUCCCUCGCCAGCCUCCCCUCAAGCUUAAAGGCACCCGUCGUGCUCCCCUUCCUCCGCGCCUUCUGGGCCACCAUCGCCCGCGAGUGGACGAACAUCGAGGCCCUCCGCCUGGAUAAAUACCUCUACCUCAUCCGCCAGUACGUCAAUGCGUCGUUCCGGUUUCUCGCGGCCAACAGCUGGGGGAAUGAGGAGGGGAUAAAGCAGCAUGGCGAGAUCAUGGCGGAGUUCCCACUGAGUGCGCAGGACACGAAGAUCCCGAAUGGGCUGAGAUUUCAUGUGCUGGACGUGUGGGUUGAUGAGCUGGAGAAGGUGGAGGGGGAGUGGCGUGUUGAGAAGAGGGGGGUGUUGGAGCAGCUGUGUGCACCCGUGGAGACGCUGGCGAAGGAGGGGAGGCUGAAGGUUGUGAGGAAUGCGGCGAAGGAGACCCUUGGUGAUGAGAGGCUGAGGGCGUGGAGAGGGCUGGUGGCGGAGGGGGGGAAGGAGGAUGCGGAUAUGGAGGAUGACGAGGAAGAGGAGUGGGGUGGGAUUGAGGAUUGAACGGGUGUGGUGCUGGAAAGGAGGGCAUAGAAGUCAUUCAAGCGCGGCGUUUGGGGGCGUAUAUCUUGCAUUUGCAUGCAUAUCAGGGUUCGGAAAAGUCUAGAUACCAGGCUCUGGGGGCAUUUACUCUGAACUGAUCAAAUGGAGUGUCCUCCAUUCCCUAUUAGUUGUAUCAUUUUACUCGUC